AUGUUAUACAAAUUCCUCAUACUAGCAAUAUUAUCGCUAGGCAAUACUGCUGAAAUUGCGGCUGCGGCUGCGGCAGUUGAUACCACUACUGCUGUAGCUGCUGUUGCUGCUGCUGCUGUAGAUACAACAACUCCUGCUGCAGGUGCUGCGGCAACCACGACCACCGCUGCUGGAGCUGCUGCUGCUGCAGACACAACUACGACGAAUGCAGCAGGAGCUGCAACGACCGGUGGAACAGCUACAACCGGUACUGGGACUGGGACUGGGACUGGUACCGCAACCACUCCAGCCACGGUAACACCAACCACUACUGCAUUGGCCGGUGCAACAACAACCGGAACUGCUACUACUGGCACUGGAACUGUUAAAACAGGAACUGGAACUGCUACAGGUGUCACUACUGGCACUGGAACUGCUACAGGUGUCACUACUGGCACUGGAACUGCUACAGGUGUUACUACCGGCACUGGAACUGCUACAGGUGUCACUACCGGCACUGGAACUGUUAAAACAGGAACUGGAACUGCUACAGGUGUCACUACUGGCACAGGAACCGCUACCGGAGUCACUACUGGUAUUGGUGCCGCCACGGGUGUUACUACUGGCACUGGAACUGAAACUGGUGCUGAAACUGGUGCUGCCACGACAACUCAAGCUGCAGGUACAGAAACAGCUGAUGACAAUGCUGGCGAAACAUACUCAUUUGUCACGAGCCGUACAUAUGCAAGCUCUGCCUCAAGCACUCAAACGCAAGCAGCAACCACCUCGGGGGAUUCAUCUGUAGCUUCUGGUGGAAGCCCUGGUUUGGUUGUAAACUCCUGGUCAUUGAUCAUGCUUGCCAUGACAUUUUUAUAUUGA